AUGGAUUGGUUGUCUGAAAACCGAGCCGAAAUUUGUUGUGCUGAAAAGAAGAUUCGUAUACCACUGUCAGAAGGAAGAAUACUCGAAGUACAUGGAGAGAAACCAAGGAAGGAUCUUAAAAUAGUGACAUGUAUGAAAAUGCGAAAUUACAUGCGGAAAAAUUGCGUUGCAUUUUUGGCACAUGUUGUGGAUAGGGUGAUCAAAGAGAAGCGUAUUCAGGAUCUCCCGACAGUGCGAGAUUUUCCUGAGGUAUUUCCAAAUGAAUUACCUGGAUUACCCCCACAAAGACAAGUAGAGUUUCAUAUUGAAUUAGUUCUUGGAGCUGCACCCGUGGCAAAGUCGCCUUACCGAUUAGCACCAUCGGAGAUGCAAGAAUUAUCAGAACAACUACAGGAGCUGCUUGAUAUAGGAUUCAUCAGGCCUAGUUCUUCACCCUGA